AAUUAACUAAAAGCAUUACAAAAAAAAGAAAAAAUCCAUCUUUUACAAAACUAUAUUUUGACAAAGAAAUUAAUUCAAAAGGUGAAGAAGUACGUAUUUGUAAUAUUAAAAACAAAAAUGAUAAAAGAUGCGAUCAAACUUACAAAAAUUUUGGUGCUUCAACUAGAAAUCUUAUUGUGUAUUUGCGAGAUAUUCACAAUAUUAUUAAUGAAGAAGAUACAAAUGAGCAUAUUUCCAAAAAGCGAAAAGAAGCAAUAUUAAAGUGGAUGUUGAUCACAAAUCAACCUAUUUCUACUAUUACGGACCUAGCUUAUAAAGAAAAGAUUUCUCAAUUUGAUUCUUCAUUUGUUAUGCUCAGGGAAUAUAAGAUUAAAACAAUGAUAUCUAAAAGUUAUGAAUAUAACUGUCAAAAUUUAAAAGAUCUUUUAAAAGAAACUGCUAUUGCAUCUAGCAAGGCUAAACAAGAAUAUUUAGGUAUCACUGCAAUAUGGAUUACACCAGAUUUUAAAAUCAAGGAUAUAAUACUAGAUAUUAAAUAUGCAACUUCUCCUCAUAUGAACUGGAACCUUGAAGAAAAAAUAACGGCAAUCGUUACUGAUAAUGCAAUUAAAAAAGAAUUAGUAUUUGUAGAAAUCUUAAUAGCACGUGUAAGAAGAUAUAUUCAAGACGUACCAACUAGAUGGAAUUCCUUAUACUAUGCUUGGGAUCAGUUAUUUUAUCUUAAAGAUGCGAUUAUUAAACUUCAAGCAGAUUUAUGUACAAAUAUAAAUAGAGAUGAAAAAAAAGAUAGCAGUAAAUUAAAACAAAUCAUGCUAUCUGAAGAAGAAUGGGAAUUACUUGAUCUAUUAGUUGAUCUUUUAUUACCAUUUGAAGAAGCAACAUGA